CAAGAACUCUAAUCUAAUCAUAAUCAGCACAUAAUUGAAAACCAAAUUACCCACAACUUGCCAACGCGCAUCGAGCGAACGUCGUUUUCCCAUCUUCCACUUUUUCUCGUUUUGUCAAAUUGGGUGCGGGAUAAUUCAGUCGGCCUUCGGUUGCGUAGUCGAAAUCUGAACUUUCUGGCGCAGCAAGAUCUCAAGUUUCUCUUGAAUCUCUAAUGGGGUGGAGGUACAAGGCUGGUUUGUGCUUAAUUGCAGCUGUUGUCAUAAUUUGGGUUACGUCGGCGGAGGUUACGCAGGGUAUUUUCACAGACUACAAGCAGCCAUUUGCAGUGACGUAUCUGGGAGCUUCUCUAAUGGUGAUUUACCUCCCAAUUGCAUUUAUUAAGGAUUGCAUAUACAAUAUCCUGAAGAGACGGUCCAGGAGAAAUGGUCAAGCUGAAGGCUUGUGUCCUGGACUGGGAUCUUCUUUAAAUGUCUUAGGGGGACAGAAAAUCUUCGAAAUUGAGAUUCAGGGAUCCUUGAAAAGCAAGGAUAGCGAUUUGGACCUCUCAAAACAUGAAGAGGAGAAGCCUUUGGUUUCACCAGAUGGUGAUGCUAGAAAUAUCAGACCAGAAAAAGAAGUCUCGACUAAAGAAAUUGCUACCUAUGGAUUUUGUCUUGCCCCACUUUGGUUCAUCACUGAGUACUUAUCGAAUGCUGCUCUUGCACGCACAAGUGUUGCGAGUACCACAGUUUUGUCCUCAACCUCAGGGUUGUUCACUCUCUUCAUUGGUGCAUUUUUGGGGCAAGAUUCGUUAAAUGUCUCAAAGAUAGUUGCCGUAUUUGUGAGCAUCACCGGUGUUGUCAUGACAACCCUCGGGAAAACUUGGGCCGCUGAUGAGUCACAACUCAACAAUUCUUCUGAUCAACGCUCUCUUGUUGGGGAUCUUUUUGGGCUUCUGUCAGCUGUGGCGUAUGGCUUAUUUACAGUACUGCUUAAAAAGUUCUCUGGCGAGGAAGGAGAGAGGGUUGAUGUGCAAAAAUUGUUCGGUUAUAUCGGACUGGGUACACUUGUCGCACUUUGGUGGCUUGUAUGGCCAUUGACGGCUUUGGGUAUAGAACCGAAAUUCACAAUUCCUCAUUCAGCUAAGAUGGAUGAAGUUGUUAUUGCCAACGGGCUUGUUGGAAGUGUUCUCUCCGACUAUUUUUGGGCAUUAUGUGUGGUCUGGACAACACCACUGGUGGCCACCUUAGGCAUGUCCCUAACCAUUCCACUUGCCAUGGUGGCCGAUAUGUUGAUCCAUGGUCGACAUUACUCGGCCAUUUAUAUUCUUGGCUCGGUUCAGGUAUUCGUAGGGUUCGUAAUUGCAAAUCUUUCGGAUAGGUUCUCGAAAUCUCUUGGCUUAUAGCUCUACCUAAAAUAUGGAGCUUUGGAUAAAAGAAAGCGCUUCGUAAAUCAGUUUGGGGCUGUGUUUGGUCUCGCCUUUCGGUGAAUGAGAGUCGAGUACAGUAAUGUGGUAAGAGUACUUGGGGGCUGUGGCUAAUUGUGCCUAAGUC